GGUACCAAGGUGGACGAUAAUACGUCGCGAAGUAAUGAACUUUGUACUGUACUCAUGCAGGAUCGUCUGCUAUGUACACAGGAGCAGGAGCAGCAUCACCUGACGUGGCGGGCGCAUAUCAUGGGUGCGCCCACCUCUGUAAAGCUUCACACAGCAGAGGACCACGCCUUCGAGUCAAACAUCGUGGCCAGCGCGCAAUUAACGCGUUACUUUAAUGCGCAUGAUGUCCAAGGACUUAAUGUCACGUAUUACGGUGAUCAGCAGAACGAUCAGUGGCAUGCUCGUGUUGUUGCAGACACCUGCCCGGUAUCUACUAGCAUUGUCUUGUGAAGGCGGGCUAGGCAUAGCAGCUAGCUGGACUGAUCUCCGUCCAUCCGAGCGCCUCAAAGAAUGUGAGAAUGCAGAUAUAGAACAAUGCGGUGUAGUUGUGUCGGCGUUCAGCGUCAGUGAUAUAAUUCAGCGCAAGCCUGAGCAGCAUACUGUGACAUCUGCUCAUAGCAGUCACACGAUGCCGGGCGUCUCGUCAGCCAAAUUUGCAAGAGCUCGGGUACAAGGCGCGUUCCUGCUCUGUGGCGUAUGCCGGCAAAGUGAACAGCCGCCUGUCACGUGAGUUUCGCCUCUGCAUAUCACAAAAUGCGUCGGACGUGAGAGGAAACAGACCGAGGCACUGAUUGUACCUUUGUAAUU